AUGGCUGAUACACCUGCAGUUAACAAAGCACAGUCAAAUGUUGUGGAUGACUUUUUGGCUGCAUUGUUUGCCAGCAAUCCGACACCUACAUUGGAAAAGAAACCACAGAGUCAACCCAAAUCUCCCCAGCAGAGUACUGCUACUACUACUUCUACUACUUCUACCACCUCUGAUACACCUAAACAUACCGACAACGACCAGCAAGGUGGUGCUGCUGCUGCUGCGGGAACAACCAAGCGUGCUGAAAUCCUGGAUGAAUUUGAUGAAUAUGAGAUGCUUUCAAAGCGCAAACAUGAGGCAAAAGAUAGCGCUGUCAAUGCUCGAAAGGGCGGCAAAGCUGGAUUCAAGCCAAAGAAGGCUGCAAAGAAAGCAUGGCCCGAGGCUCGUUUACUUGUUCGAGGUAUUCCUCAUACAGCCAAGAGGCGUGAUGUGCUUAAGCACUUUAACAAAUAUGGGAAUAUUGUGGAAAGUCAUUUUGGUGGCAAUGGCAUGGACUACAUCCAAUUUGAUUCCCCAGCUUCAUGUACAGCUGCUCUUGCAGAAAAUGGCACAAAUAUCAAAGGAUCUGUUAUUGAACUCGAUGUAGCCGCCAAUCCUCGUCCAUUUGUAAGCUAUGAGAACUCGACACAACAACAUCAACAGGUUCCAUUUCGUGCAGGCAACAAAUUCUCUUCACGGGGUGGUGGUGGUAAUGCACCUGCGUCUCGAGGAAGGGGUGGUCGUAUGAGAGGUGCUGGACAUUUUCAACCUUAUUCUAUGCAACAACCUUCACAGCAACAACAACAACAACAGGUGCCAGAAUAUGAUCCUACAGAUUACUCAAUGUGGAAUGGGGGAUAUAGAGAGAAUUACAGCAAUCAACAACAACAACAACAGCAACAGCAACAACAACAACCUUCUUUAUAUGAGAAUAAUGGAUAUCGUGGAAAGCGUGGUGGUCGGCAAGGCAUGCGUGGUGGUGGACGUGGGAAACCAAAGGGUGUAAUGGCUCGUCAACAGCAUCAGCGUCAUCCUUCACCCGUUGCUCGAAAUGAUCCAUUAUCUAUAUUACAAAAUCGUGAUGCUCCAAUGAUACAAGUGCUUGCUUAUGGACAUAUGGAUCAGGGUUUUGUGAACUAUGUGGAAUCUUCUUUUGCCAUUCGACGUAUCACUACACAUACCCUUUAUGUUCAAUAUGGUCAGGUUUCACGUGAGGAAAUUGUGAAGCAACUCAUUUUACAAGGUGUCAAGGCUCUAGUUGUUCUUGAUCAAGGAAAGGAAUCCAUGCGUAAAUUAUAUCUUCAGGUCUUUGAGCGGAAUACAACGGGUGCCAAUAGCUAUCGUUUUGAUGAAUAUGAUAGCGUUUCGGUGGAUGAAGCCAUUGCAGUUAUUGAACGAUCACAGGCUAAUGAACAGCCACAAUCCAUGCCUCCCGCCACAUCUACAGCUCAAGCCGCAUAUCAAGCACAGCAAUUACUAAUGCAACAACAGCAACAACAGCAGCCACAACAACCACCAUCCACUCAAGCACAAGCAAUAUCCAAUCUUGACCCAAAUACUUUGGCCUCUGUCAUUGGUUUAUUAAAGAACAUGGUGCAACCAUCAACACAACAACAACAGCAACAGCAACAACAGCCACCACCACCACAAGCACCUGUACCGAUUUCGGGAAAUCCAGCAUACGCUUCACAACCCAUGGCACAACCACCAAACCCAGCAGUGUCCUUAUCACAGUUACAGCAGCUCUUGGGAUCAGCCUUGGGAACAUCGUUUUCACAACCCAAUGCCAGCAUGACGGCUCCUUCACCUGCUACAUUUAAUCAACAAAUUCCCACUACAUUCCCUUCAUCCCAGCCACAACAUGUUUCUUCACCAGCAUAUCCACCAGCACAACCACAACAGCAACCCAUGACAUCUAUACCUACUACUUCAGCUCCCAAUCUCUCGGUUGGUGAUUUGCUUCAGAAACUUCAAAGCUUAACUCAGCAACAAAUGCAACAUCAAUAA